CCCGGGUCAUCAGCCAACCUCCAUGCCCUUGCACAUCUGUCUCUCUACUACUCAUCACUGCCCCUCUGCUCUCUUGUCAUUAACUCCCGUGUCUCCGCUGCCGAUCUCAUCUCACCGCUUCGAAGGAGAGAGGGAGAGUAGACAUGGCAGGAGGAGGUGACAACGCCCAGACGAAUGGAGCUGCAGCUCGCGACCAGGCCGCCAUGGAGGAAGGAAGGAAGGACGAUUACGACCAGGGCUGCGGCCUCGCCAUCUCCGUCCCCUUCGUCCAGAAGAUCAUCGCGGAGAUCUUCGGGACGUACUUCCUGAUCUUCGCGGGCUGCGGCGCCGUGACGAUCAACGCGAGCAGGAACGGUCAGAUCACGUUCCCCGGCGUUGCCAUCGUGUGGGGGCUGGCCGUGAUGGUGAUGAUCUACGCCGUGGGCCACAUCUCGGGGGCCCACUUCAACCCGGCGGUGACGUUCGCCUUCGCCACCGUGGGCCGGUUCCCGUGGCGUCAGGUCCCGGCCUACGUGCUGGCCCAGAUGCUCGGCGCCACGCUCGCCAGCGGCACGCUCCGGCUCAUGUUCGGCGGCCGCCACGAGCACUUCCCCGGCACGCUCCCGGGGGGCUCCGAGGUCCAGUCGCUCGUCCUCGAGUUCAUCAUCACCUUCUACCUCAUGUUCGUCAUCUCCGGCGUCGCCACCGACAACAGAGCCAUCGGGGAGCUGGCAGGGCUGGCCGUGGGUGCAACCAUCCUGCUCAACGUGCUAAUCGCUGGGCCGAUCUCGGGAGCGUCGAUGAACCCGGCGAGGACUGUUGGGCCGGCGCUGGUCGGGAGCGAGUACAGGUCGAUCUGGGUCUACGUGGUUGGGCCGGUGGCCGGAGCCGUGGCCGGGGCCUGGUCUUAUAACCUCAUCCGGUUCACCAACAAGCCCCUGCGUGAGAUCACCAAGAGCACCUCCUUCCUCAGGAGCAUGAGCAGGAUGAACUCCGUCGCCGCCUAAAAGCUAAUCGAGCUAGAGUCAAUAUGCGUGUAUCCUUAGCAAGAACCUAGUACACCGUUCCAUCCAGGCGUAUCCAGGGAGUUAUUUCCCUGACCUCCAGCUACUACUAGUAUAAUCUGGCCGGCCCCUAGUCUAUCAGUCAAGUCACCUGCGAGACAGAGAGAUAUGUAUUUGUCAAUAUGUGGAAAAGUUGUGUUUCGGAACCAUGUGGUGGAACCGUGGAAGGAAUUUGCAUGACGAGAGUUAGCCGUGGUUGAUCGAUGGAGACGGGUGUUGGCAUUAAUUAUCGGGAUUUAUAAUGAGUGAAGGUUCGCUCUUUAGUC